AUGCCGCCCUCAAAGGCCGCCCGGGGCGGCCAAGACGAUCACAAAGCGGAUGGCCCGACUGGGAAAGAAAAGAAUGGCAAUACCGGUGGAUCGAAGAUGCGAAGGGUUGCCAGCAGUGCGGGCUCCAACCUCCGCGAAGUGACAAACGCAAGUUCGACAACAGCUCCAACCACGGUUAUUGCGCCCGACUCAACGACAACCAACACACAAGAGACAAGUGCCCCAGGACUCCAAUGGCCAGCCUUCGAGCGAGAUGUUCUCCACGCCUACCGACGAGCCUACCGACUCAAGACCCCGACGGCGUUCGUCAGCGACCACCACGAAUGGGUACUCACACAGCCCGGCAGCAUCGGGCUCUAUUCCCCCACAAUUGCGCGACGUAAAGAACUGCGACGACAAAAGAAAGACCAAUUGACCAACGUGGUGCGCAAGCACUUCAACGGUAUGGGCGUACAAGAAAAUGACGUCUUGGUCGACUUCUUGCACAAGGUGCGCAGUCGAGGGGUAACGAAGGGGAAGUCACCGCAGCGGGAGUACAUACACGCCAAUGUCGAGCGAUGA